AUGGAAGCAGCUGCGGUUGGCACCGCGGUCGGCAAGCUCGCGCCUAAGCUCUAUGGCCUGUUGCUAGCAAAUCGCAAGGUGCGGGCGGAUCUGGAGCAUGACAUCGGGUCCAUCAAGAAGGAGCUUCUCAUGAUCUCUGCCGUCAUUCGACAAGAUGACGGGAGAAGGAGGGGCGGCAACGACGAUGUCCACAGCCGCUGGAUCGCGAUGGUGCGCGACUUGGCGCGCGAGAUCGAGGACUGCGUCGACACCUUCACGCACCACGUGGCGCUCCGGUCCGGCACGUCGUGGAUCCGUCGGAAACUCCACCGGGUGAAGACGGUGAGGGCCCGAAACCAGUUUGCUGCGGCGAUCCGCCGUAUAAAGAAGAAAUCAGCCGAGGCAGCCAUGCUGAGAAACAAGUACGAGCCAGAUGCAUCAUCGGUGCUCACAACAAACUUCCACACCGGCAACACCGGAUCCAGCUGCAACUUGGUAUCUGAAUCUGAUGAUGAGGAGGAUACGGAGGCGGACACGGUGGCCGUGGGCAUCGAAGCUCAGCGGGAUGAGCUCCUGGAGAUGAUAAGGGGACAACAACCCGAGGAGCUCAAGGUGGUCUCCCUUGUUGGGUUCGGUGGAAUAGGGAAGACUCUUCUCGCCCGGAAAGCCUACAACGACACGGUUGAGGAAGGGGAAUACAACGUACGGGCUUGGGUUCGUGCUGCGGACAAAGGCUCAAGGUAUGUUCUCGAGGAGAUACUCCGGCAGCUUGGAAUUGCAGGCAGCAGCUCCUGCCAUCUCAAGAAGCUCCGCGCAAGCCUCAGAGAGUGCCUCGGAACCAAGAGGUUCUUCAUUGUGAUUGAUGACAUACGAGCCGCAUUUUGGCACGAUAUAAAAGAUGCCUUCCCUAUUGUUCCCGGGGUGAGCAGCAUAGUUAUGGUGACGACAGCCAUUCAGUCCAUAGCAAAUGCCUGCAGCACCGGUCAUGGCCAUGUCUAUGUGAUGAAAACUCUCGCCGAGGAACAUUCAAGACAGCUGUUCUUCAAAGAAGCUUUCUUGGAAGAUGCACCAGCACCAGGUGAUCGCUCGCAGCUUAGUACUUCACAAGCACUGACCAAAUGUGAUGGUCUACCCCUUGCUCUUGUUACCACUGCCCAGUUCUUGCACAGUAGAGGGAAUCCAGAAAGGUGGGCAAAUCUAUGCGAAUACCUUGGCAAACAUUUGGAGACAGAAAAUGCCUUGGCAAGAAUGAAGCGUGUGCUGGUCCAUAGCUACACUAGCCUUGGUAGUGAAGAUGUCAAGACCUGCUUGCUAUAUCUGGGUAUUUACUCAAAUGGCCAUCCAAUCAGAAGAUGA